UGAAAAUGGUAAAUAUUUGUAGACUAGAAGCUAGUGAUAUUAAUCAGAUUAUAUUUAAAUCACUUUAAGACCUUUAAGAGCUAAGUGCGGUUGGCUCCAGCCAGCAGACAUGCCGGAAUCGGCUGAGCAGGCUUCUCGUGCCAAGAUCGGCACAGCAACAACGAAGGAUACAAAAGAUAUCAAAGAGAAAAAGGUAUCAUCGGGUUCACUUGGUGGUGGUGAUGGCACCAGAACAAAAGUUGUCACAGUAAAGCAUCCGGAAUCCAACAAACCCAAGCCAACUGUUAAAAAGAACAGACCAAUGAUUGCGGAUUUAGAUGUAGCGAAAGACUUUUUAAGGUGCAAAGAGGAUGGUGGGACAAGAUUGGAUUUAAGCAAAUGUAGUAUGACACAAUUGCCGUCAAGUGUACGUGAAUUAACCCACCUUGUUGAAUUUUACCUCUAUGGCAAUAAGUUGGUGACUCUUCCUCCAGAGAUUGGCUGUUUGGUCAAUCUUCAAACCUUGGCCCUUAGUGAAAACUCUCUUACAAGUUUGCCUAGUGCAUUUUCAAAUCUAAAGUCUCUCAAAGUCCUUGAUCUCAGGCACAAUAAACUGAAUGAGAUUCCUGAUGUAGUUUACAAGUUGACGUCACUUACAACAUUAUUCCUUAGGUUUAACAGAAUUAAGGUUGUAGGAGAGGAUAUCAGGAAUUUAACUAAUCUAACAAUGUUAAGUCUACGGGAAAACAAAAUAAAAGAACUGCCUGCAGGGAUAGGAAAGUUGGUGAAUCUAACAACUUUUGAUGUGUCCCACAAUCACUUAGAGCAUUUGCCAGUGGAAAUAGGGCAUUGUGUUCAGCUGUCAACUCUGGAUCUUCAGCACAAUGAGCUCCUGGAUAUCCCAGAAUCAAUCGGCAACCUGCAGGCAUUAAUACGUUUGGGCCUGAGGUACAACCGCCUGAGUGCAAUACCAAAGUCCCUCAGUAACUGUGUUCAUAUGGAUGAAUUUAAUGUUGAGGGAAAUGCUAUCUCACAGCUUCCAGAUGGUCUUCUGUCAAGUUUAUGUGAUCUGACCAGUAUAACUUUAUCAAGAAAUGGCUUUACAUCAUACCCAUCUGGCGGUCCAGCUCAAUUCACAAAAGUAUAUUCCAUCAAUAUGGAACACAACCAGAUUGACAAGAUCCCUUAUGGCAUAUUUUCACGUGCCAAGAACCUAACCAAACUCAAUAUGAAGGAGAAUUUGCUUACAUCCAUGCCAUUGGAUGUAGGAACAUGGCUUAACAUGGUGGAGUUGAACCUUAGUACAAAUCGGCUGACCAAAAUUCCAGAUGAUAUCCAGUACCUGCAGUUCUUGGAGGUUCUCAUACUUUCCAAUAAUCUUUUGAAAAAGAUUCCAGCCAGUAUUGGAAACCUCCGUAAACUGCGGGUCUUGGAUCUAGACGAGAACAAGAUUGAAUCUCUGCCUAACGAAAUCGGUUUCUUGCGAGAUUUGCAGAAACUCACAGUCCAGUCCAAUCGGGUAACCACAUUACCCAGAGCAAUCGGACACCUUACAAACCUUUUGUACUUCAGUGUUGGUGACAAUAAUUUGAGUCACCUCCCUGAAGAAAUUGGAACACUGGAGAAUCUUAAAUCACUGUAUGUCAAUGGCAACAAGAAUCUACAAAACCUGCCCUUUGAACUCUCCCUAUGCACAAACCUGCAGGUGAUGCAUUUUGAGAACAGCCCACUGUCACACAUACCACCUGAAAUUGUGGCGGGUGGUGCCAGUCUUGUCAUCCACUUUUUGAGGAUGCAGGGACCUUAUCGAGGAAUGGUGAAGCAGCACCAGCAUCUGAAAUAUCCGGGCAAAUUAGCUGUUGCGGAGCAGAUUGUUAACUUGAGUCUCCGCUACACCACACCACCAACCUCUCCACUAAGCCCAGAAACAUGGAUCACAUCAUCAGGGAGGCGACUGAGAUUGAACUCCAUCCCACCACAACCAGAAUACAUGCUGGAAUCGGCCGAGCAAGCUGCUGGUACCACGAUCGGCGCAACAACAACGAAAGAUACAAAAGAUAUCAAAGAGAAAAUGUUGUCAUCGUGUUCACUUGGUAGUGGUGACGGCCCUAGAUCGAAAGUUGUCACGGUUAAGCACCCGGACUCGAACAAACCGAAGCCAACUGUUAAAAAGAAUAGACCAAUACUUGCUGAUUUAGAUGUAGCGAAAGACUUUUUAAGGUGCAAAGAGGAUGGUGGGACACGAUUGGAUUUAAGCAAAUCUAGUAUAACACAAUUGCCAUCGACUGUACAUGAAGUAACCCACCUUGUUGAAUUUUACCUUUAUGGCAACAAGUUGGUGACUCUUCCUCCAGAGAUUGGUUGUUUAGUCAAUCUUCAAACCUUGGCCCUUAGUGAAAACUCUCUUACAAGUUUGCCUGAUGCACUUGCAAAUCUGAAGUCUCUUAAAGUCCUUGAUCUCAGGCACAAUAAACUGAAUGAGAUUCCUGAUGUAGUUUACAAGUUGACGUCACUUACAACAUUAUUCCUUAGGUUUAACAGAAUUAAGGUUGUAGGAGAGGAUAUCAGGAAUUUAACUAAUCUAACAAUGUUAAGUCUACGGGAAAACAAAAUAAAAGAACUGCCUGCAGGGAUAGGAAAGUUGGUGAAUCUGAUAACAUUUGACAUAUCCCACAAUCACUUAGAGCAUAUUCCAGUGGAAAUAGGGCAUUGUGUUCAGCUGUCAACUCUGGAUCUUCAGCACAAUGAGCUCCUGGAUAUCCCAGAAUCAAUCGGCAACCUGCAGGCAUUAAUACGUUUGGGCCUGAGGUACAACCGCCUGAGUGCAAUACCAAAGUCCCUCAGUAACUGUGUUCAUAUGGAUGAAUUUAAUGUUGAGGGAAAUGCUAUCUCACAGCUUCCAGAUGGUCUUCUCUCAAGUUUAAGUGACCUGACGAGUAUCACUUUAUCAAGAAAUGGCUUCACAUCAUACCCAUCCGGGGGACCAGCUCAGUUCACACAUGUAUAUUCCAUCAAUAUGGAACACAACCAGAUUGACAAGAUCCCUUAUGGCAUAUUUUCACGUGCCAAGAACCUAACCAAACUCAAUAUGAAGGAGAAUUUGCUUACAUCCCUGCCACUGGAUAUGGGAACAUGGCUUAACAUGGUGGAGUUGAACCUUGGCACAAAUCAGCUGACCAAAAUUCCAGAUGAUAUCCAGUACCUGCAGUGCUUGGAGGUUCUCAUUCUUUCCAACAAUCUCUUAAAAAGGAUUCCAGCCAGUAUUGGAAAUCUCCAUAAACUACGGGUCUUGGAUCUAGAAGAGAACAAGAUUGAAUCUCUGCCGAAUGAAAUUGGUUUCUUACGUGAUUUGCAGAAACUCAUAGUGCAGUCCAAUCAGGUAACUGCGCUACCCAGAGCAAUCGGACACCUUACAAAUCUUGUGUACCUCAGCGUUGGUGAAAAUAAUUUGACUUACCUCCCUGAAGAAAUUGGAACACUGGAGAAUCUUGAGUCACUGUACAUCAACGACAACCCAAGUCUGCACAACCUGCCCUUUGAACUUGCCCUGUGCACAAACUUGCAGAUCAUGAGUAUUGAGAACAGCCCACUAUCACACAUACCACAUGAGAUUGUGGCGGGGGGCCCCUCUCUUGUCAUCCACUUCCUGAAGAUGCAGGGACCUUAUCGAGCAAUGUGAACACAAACAUUAUUAAGUAGUGAAGAACAAAGUGUUUUACUGAACAUCUUAAUUGGGAUGUGUGCCAUUGUGGAGCAACAAAACUUUGGAGUCCUUUUCCUGAAUGCUGUAUAUUAUUUCUAUGCAAGCAAUGCUAUCUGCAUGACCUUCAGUAAUUUAUGAGUAGUCAUUCAUAAUAUAGACUUGUGGUACAAGAGAAAAGCCAAAAGAGAGAUCAGAUUACAAUGUUUUGCAUGAAGUAGCAUAUAAACAACAUGUAAGUUAUGCUCAAGUGUUAAUUGCCUUUGCCCCCCCCCCUCAUUCGAAAGAAUUUAUCUGUGGUGCCAGUCAUAAGAGUUUCUGGCUGCAGUCUGACUUUAGAAUCAAAAUUUUCCUCUGUGAAUUCAUACAUGAUAAAUUGCAUAUCCUGUUUCAUGUUCACACACACAUAUAUAUGUAAACAGAUCAUACCUACUGCAUAUGGCAUGUGAAGGUGACAUGCAGAUUGUUCUAGGGUGCUCUUUGAGAGCUUUAUUUGUGAGUUUCAUAUGUAUGUAUGCACUGUGAUUCAACUAUGGACAUCAGUGUCAUAGAAACUAAUUUGAAUAUGUUCUGCAAAACUUGGUAUGAACAUAAAGUUGUGGGUACAUACUUUCCAGCCCCACUCAUUAGCACUAUCAACACACUAGUCAUACAGGCUCAUGAGUUUGGAACAACAGUGACAUGAUUCAUGUAGAAUCUUUUUAAGUUUCAUGUAGUGGCAAAUCAUUCGAAAGUAUAUAGUUUUAAGAUACUUUAGGAAAGUGAAAAGUAAUAUGCUGAUCAUACAAAAUAUUUCUAUUUGGUGACUUGGAAUAAAUUGAUAUGUAAAAUUUGAUGGUGACAUAAACAUGACUGUUACUAAUAUGUUGAGUAUUAAAAGCUGCUGAUGGCUAAGCCUUCAGAACUCUGAAAUACAUCAAGUGCUUUUAAUACUUGUUUGUUAUUUGUUGUGGUGUUAAAAAUCCAACUGUUUAGAUUACAUUUUCCAUUUCGUAUGUUGGUGUAAGGUAUGCAACUCAGUAAGUUUUCAGUGUUCUAGGUUACCCUGUGGAAUUAUGUAUUUCUCUCUCUGUCUCUCAGAAUGUCGUCGUCUGUCUUUCUGUACUUUAAACUAAGAACAACAUAUGUAACUGUAUAAGUGGUCAUUUCAUAUCUAACAUGAAUGGUUCUAUAUACUGUAAUUGGCAUUUUAAAUGAUUUCCAACAUAGCUGUAAAAUGAAAAUCAGAAGAAAAAUCAGUGUGAAACUUUUGCUGUUCCAGUAUAAUAAAUUAACAUUUGUCAGCUGUAAUAAAUACUGAAGAAAUUGA